AUGCUAGGUUUCUUCACUUAUAUUUUGAUUUUUAGUUUUAUUUCACCUUGUUUUUGUACAAGGUUGAAUGUAGGAACAAACAAUGCUUUUAUUAGUGUAAUGCAAUUUGGUGCUCGUGGAGAUGGCAUAGCUGAUGAUACACAAGCAUUUGCUAGUGCAUGGGAUAGUGCAUGUAAAGCAGCUGGGAUGUCAACACUAGUUAUACCAACAGGACGAUCGUUUAGAGUCACCAAAAUUAAUUUUAGUGGUCCUUGCAAAGCUAAAAUAAACAUUCAGCUUGAAGGGAAAAUAGUGGCACCAUCUAAAGGAGCAUGGAAAUUAGAUGGAACAUAUUGGAUUAGUAUUCAAAAUGUAAAUGGACUCACACUUGAUGGAAAUGGGAAAGGAGGAAUCGAUGGAUAUGGUUCUACUUGGUGGCAAUGUCCAAGUUGCAAACGACCUAAGGUGUUAUUUUUCCAUGCAUGCAAUGAUCUUAUAGUUCGUAAUUUGGGGAUUUCUAAUAGUCCACAAUCUCAUGUAUCCGUAAACAUGUGCAAUCGUGCAACAUUCUCUCAUAUAUCCAUUAAUGCUCCUGCUACUAGUCCCAACACUGAUGGCUUUGAUAUUUCUGAUUCUACUAAUAUCUUGAUACAAGAUUCCAAUAUAAAAUCUGGUGAUGAUUGUAUUGCUGUCAAUGGUGGUAGUUCCUUUAUCAAUGCUACUCGAGUUACGUGUGGACCAGGGCAUGGAAUAAGUGUUGGGAGCCUUGGUAGAAACGGACAGCUUGAUACAGUUUCAGAUGUUCACGUAUUAAAUUGCACAUUUAUUGGAACUUCAAAUGGAGCUAGAAUUAAGACCGUUCCCGGCGGAUCUGGUUAUGCAAAACGUAUUACUUUUGACCAAAUCAUCCUUCAAAAUGUUAAGAACCCAAUAAUUAUAGAUCAAAAUUACAAUGGUGUUGAAGACGAGGCUACAAAUGUGCAAGUGAGCUUUGUGACAUAUAGAGGAUUUAGAGGAACUUCUGCUGGUGAUGUCGCUAUCAACUUAGUUUGUGGACCCUUGCUAGGGAAAACUUCAUCUGCAUGUAGGAAUGCCCAUGGAAUAGCUAGAAAUACUAUUCCAAAUGUCCCUUGCCUAAUGAAAUAAUGCGUUCAUUGUUCUCCAUAUGUCAAAAACUAAAUUAAAAAAAGUAAUUCAUCACUUGGUUCCAUAUGACCACGAUAGAAUCAAUAUUUUACUCUGAAAAUGUUGAUGCCAUAUUUGGUUUAGUGUACUCAAUUCCAAUAAGAAUUACUUUAUAUUCUAGAGACUGCAAAUUAAUAUGAUUGUAUAACUCAAAAAUAUUAAAUUAAUGUUCUCAUCCUUAAUUUUUUUUUCUUAUUAUUCCAUAAAUAAGUUGUCUAAGUUCUUCACCACAAUCUUCCUGUGCAUUAUG